AUGGUGUCGUAUGCAAAUGGCCUCACCCAAGCUCAAUUGGAUCAAUUUGACCAAGAUGGAUGUCUUUGCUUGCCCGAUUUCAUUACCCCCGAAGAAGUCAAGACCUUGCUCGAUAAAAGUAAGCAAUUGAUCCACGAAUUCGACAUGACCAACCACCCGCUCACAAAGUUCUCCACCGAUACCGAUAACCAUGUCGGUAAUGAUUAUUUCCUUGAUUCUUCCGAUAAGAUCUCCUUUUUCUUUGAAAAUGACGCUUUUGAAGAUGGGAAACUCACCAAACCGAAGGAAAAAUCCAUCAACAAAAUUGGCCAUGCGCUUCAUUGUCUCGAUCCCGAUUUUGAAAAAGUGUCAUUUAGUGACAAAGUCAAAGGGGUUUCUAAAAGUUUACAAUUCAAAGACCCAAGAAUCCUCCAAAGCAUGGUGAUUUGUAAACUCGAAGAAAUCGGUGGCGAAGUCCCAUCGCAUACUGAUUCACAAUUUCUCUACACAAAACCCCUUGAACUUUGUGGGUUUUGGUUCGCACUUGAAGAUUGUACCAUCGCCAACGGCUGUCUUAGUUAUAAUCCUGGCUCUCACAAAAGAUUCCCAGUCGCUAAAAGAUUUGUCAAGGUUGACAAGGGGAAGAAAGGUUGUGGGUUCAUUGAUCUAGUAUCCAAAGAGGAGCUUGAAAAUGUACCAAAAGACAAUCCCGAUGAUUACAAGUACGUUGAGUGCAAAGCUGGUUCGUUGGUUUUGAUACAUCAUUCUGUAUUGCAUAAAUCGAAUCCAAACACUUCGCAAAAUUCGAGAUUUGCCUACGUUUUUCAUGUCAUUGAAGGAGAGGCCGAGUAUGAUCCCCUCAAUUGGUUGCAAGUUCCUCCUUGUGAGGAUGGUGCCACUGAAUUCAGUAAAUUGUAUUGA